UUGAGUGGUAGAUAUUGCGUCAGUUGGUAUCAGAGCCAAGUUGGUACGGUUUGAUAUUAUUACUCAACGAGAUGAAUAGUGGGAGUGCUUCUAUGGGUGUAGCUAUGGAGAAGCUGGUUGGCAAUAACUAUAGUUAUUGGAAGUUAUGCAUGGAAGCUUAUCUACAAGGGCAAGAUCUGUGGGAUUUAAUUGAAGGUGAUGACACAGAAAUUCCAGCCGAUACUCCACAGAAUGCAAAAUUACGCCAACAAUGGAAGAUCAAAUGCGGAAAAGCCUUGUUUACCUUGCGGACUUUGAUUAGCAAGGAGUAUAUUGAUCAUGUUCGUGAUUUAAAGUCACCAAAGCAAGUAUGGGAUACACUUCAAAAGUUGUUCACUAAGAAAAAUACCGCUCGACUGCAAUUUCUAGAGAAUGAACUAGCUAUGGUAACUCAAGGAAGCCUUGAUUAAGCAAAUGACUAGCAGCAACGAGUUUUCCCCAAAGUUAGAAGGUGUGUUGUAUGUCAAAGAUCAAAGGAGACAGAAUUUUCACUCAAGGCCUUCAUCUAGCAAUGAGAAUCAAUUCAGAAGUGACGAGUCGUCAAAGAAGCCAUUUAAAGCUUGUUACAGGUGUGGAAAACCAGGCCACUUUAAACGAGAUUGUCAGGCGAAAGUGGUGUGUGAUCAUUGCGGAAAGCCAGGCCAUAUUAAACCAAAUUGUCGAGUCAAGAUGCAGGAAUCAGAAGCAAAUGCGGUACAUGAAAAUAAAAGUUCUCCAGAUCCAAUUUGGGAAUAUUGCUUAACCACUGAGGUUCUUGACCAGCCAACAAACGUGACUUCAGCCGUAUAUCAAGAUGAUGUUUCUACAGGUGAUCAAAAUUCUAAUUCCACUACUUACGCUUCUGAGUUUGAUUCUCUCCAAAUUUCGCAUCUGGACUCUCUCUUUUUCUCCGAUUUCAAUUCUAUUGCCCCUGAUGACCCUUCUGUUUACUCCACGGCCUUGGAUUUGAGAUUCGACGAAAAUGAAGUUGUCGAGCUAACGUUUGACGAUCUUGACGGUCUUUACCUCCCCUCUGAGGCUGACGAUUUUCUCAUCUUGGAGAAUUUAGAUCAAACUACCAAUUCGCAGGAUUCGGCUACUGAUGCUCCGCCCCAGUCUGACCCAGAAAUAGCUGCACUGCUUGAUGAUGAUGAUUUAUCACGAUUUGGUUCUGAUGUUGAGGACUUGGAGGAGGAUUUCGUAGUUCAGGUAAAUUUAUGUGAAGAAGGGGAGGAUGGUUCAAUGGAUAAUAAGUUUAGUGUGGCUAAGGAUUCUGAGAAGGCGACAGGAAGCCAGAAUAUUAUUAAUAACAAAUCUUUUGGCGAUGACAUUUUUGAGGAUGCAGAUGUUGACCAUGUGGAGGAUGAUGUUGAUAAGCCACGAACUCGACAGCUUUUGGAUGAUCGAUUUGAUACCCUCUUAAGUCAGGACUAUGCAUCUAGUGACAA